AAAGUUUUGAGUGUCGUUUAUAUAGCUUUAGAUUUAUAUCGCAGAACAUCACUUAUGACUUUGAAACUAUCUAUCGGCAUUCAAAAUUGGUAUUAAUAAAAGCAAAAAUGAAGGUUCAAAGUUAUUUAGCAGUGGUAUUCCUGUUAUUGGGAUGUAGUUGUGCCGAAAACAGUGCACCUGUUAGCAUAAGUGAUGGAUUCAAAUUAAGGAAUUUUCAAGUCGAUGGGCGUAUCCAAGAAGUAGGAGCUAUGUUACUAGCCAAUGCUAUCACUGGAGACUUAACCAAAGACAAAAGCAUAAUAACAGCUAUAGUGGACGAAUACACCGAUAAGCUUUUCAACAACGUCCAUAAUUUUGCUAUCAAAACUGGACUGGACCCCACACCUUUACAAAACAUAUCUCAAAAAUUUUUAACUGAACGCGUUACUCUAAAUCACGGAUUUUUGCAUGGAAUCUCAACUUUGCAAAGACUGAAGACUGCGAAGCUGGAGUAUAGCCACGAUAAGAGGGUUUUGACUGUACAGUUCCCUAUAGUCUUCUCCAAUUUGAGCUUCACCUACGACUAUGAGUUGACCUUCGUUUUAAUAAAGCACACUGGAGGAAUGACCGGAAAGAUUAAGAACUUUACGAUGGAUUUGGUUUUGCAAUUUGACUUCAAGACCUAUCAUGCAGCCUUACUGAAGGCAUCAGUACUCAGAACCGGAUCAAUCACAUUGACGUUCCAAAAAAACAUAGUUGACAUAGUGCUCAACAUCAUGUCCAACUUUGUGACACUAAUACUGAAACCAAUACUAGUAGUGGCUAUCCAAGGAAUCGUCGCUGUAGUUGCUGGUAAACUGGUAACUGUCACAAACCAGGUGAUUGACCAUUUGAUUCAUCCGAAUGCAACUCAAGUCGCUUACGCUGCUAGCACUUUAUUACAUUAAGUUUGAUUGAUGCUGAAGACCCGUUUUCGACUAAUAAAGAAACUUUGAUAUUA